UGAGUGAGUGUAGUACUAAAAUAGAAGCUGGAAGCUGCUCUCUCUCUCUCUCUCUCUCUCUCUCUCACACACACACACAAAUCUCCAUGACUUCUACCGACGUCCGACGAUCCUCCCGCCGGAGCCCGUCUUUCUCUUCCACUUCUUCAUCGUCGAUAGGAUCAAUCUCCUUCUUCCUCCACGAUUCUCCACCUCCGGCCACUCCACUUCGCUACUUUUCCGGCAUCCCCUUUUCUUGGGAACAAUUCCCCGGAAUCCCAAAGAAAAACAACACCCACACAGAUUCAUCACACAGUCUCCUCCCAUUGCCUCCUUCUGGCAACUCCUCUCGAAAAUCCUUUGGAAAAAGCAUCAAGAAAUACAGCACCAGUGACAGCUUCCACAAAGAUCCAUUUUUUGCAGCUUUUGUGGAGUGUUCAAAGGAUGAUGAUCAUGAGCUCGUAAAGGUUACAAAAAGCCGGUCAGGUGAUCGAUCUGGGCUCGCUAGCGUAUACACCUCCUGCAAGAGAACCUGUGAGGUGGCUGAGUCGAUCGUUUAUCUUCCAAGAUCACGUGCUGGUGGUUACUUUUACCGAUGAAUCUUGCUUCAUGGUAUCAUUACAACCAACCUAGCUUUGUUAAAAAUGAAGGCAAUAAUACUGGAGGCCAGUCCGAUUUGUGGAUUGCCCGAUGGCCAUUUUACUUAAGAUUUCAUUCACAUGUGAAUUGCUGUAACUUAUGGAAUUAAUGCACAUAUGAUUGAACUUCAUAACUUAUGAAAACCAUAUUCUUAUGUGCACCCAUCAUCCAACUAUAUAUACAUGAAUCUUCAACUCUUAAUUAGGGUUUCAUGUUAAUCAGAAAAAUGUCAAAUUUAGUUGGGGUUUGUUGAAAUCCAUUGGUGUAUUGUUAAUUAAU